AAAAUCAUCGGCCACACGUACGGUAAGAAAAUCUGGAUUUAAGUAUACGAAGAUGCUGGUGGUAAUUUUGAAUUGUUUUGAUCAAUGAUUGAUGAAAGAAGUAUCAGACGGCUACGAAUGAGUUCGACUUAAAGAUUGUGUAAAUCCGCUAAGGUAGUGGAUUUAUUUAGGGUUUCAAGUUACAGGUUUAACUUCCCAAAACCCCAUCUUCCAUUGCCACUCUCUGAGAGCCCAAAUUUUCUCCAAAUUCCCAUCUUGUCCUCAUCACCCAAUUCACGAUCUUCAAAGUAAAGCUUAAAGUUUUAAGCUUUGUAAUUUGUAAGUUCAUCUUUUACUCUUUUAUUUUUUCCUAUCUGUUUGUUUAUAAAGAUAAAAAUAUUGCCUUCAACACAUUUGAAAGAUUGUUUGUUUGAACUUAUUGUGAUUGGAUAGAUUUUUUUUUGUUCUGGUAAGUGAUUGGAUAGAAGUUUAUAUUGUGAGAAAUAACAAAGGGGUUGUUUGAGAGAUAUAAAGUUUAUUGUGUUAUAUGGGGAGGUCUGGUGGGAGAAGGAAGAAGGGCGGUUCAAACUCAAGCCAAGUUUUGGGUGAUAAAUCAAAUGCAAAUGUUAAUGGUGGUGUUGAUUUGGACUCUUCAAUCUUCUUGAAGAGGGCCCAUGAACUUAAAGAGGAAGGUAACAAGAGGUUUCAAAGUAAGGAUUAUGUGGGUGCUCUUGAACAAUAUGAUAAUGCUCUUAGGCUUACUCCAAAAAACCACCCUGACCGAGCUGUGUUUCAUAGCAAUAGGGCUGCUUGUUUGAUGCAAAUGAAACCUAUAGAUUACGAGACUGUGAUUGCUGAGUGUACCAUGGCACUUCAGGUCCACCCUAGGUUUGUUCGAGCUCUUCUUAGAAGGGCCAGGGCUUUGGAAGCCAUAGGGAAGUAUGAAAUGGCGAUGCAGGAUGUUCAGGUGUUGUUAGGGGCUGACCCAAAUCACCAGGAUGCUGUGGAGAUUGGUCGACGAUUAAGGACUGCAUUGGGACCUCGCCCAGAGGCUCAGCAGGACCUCCAGAGCCGCCCAUCCCCUGCUGCUCUUGGAGCUUCUGCUGUUCGUGGUGCUCCAAUUGCUGGUCUUGGGCCUUGUUUACCCGCUCGUCCAGUAGCAAAGAAGUCAGCAGCUUCACUAGGUUCAGUUGUGUCUCCUACUAAUAAGCUGGAGAAACCCCAAAUGAAUUCGGCCGCUGAAAAUGGUACUCAGAACAAAGCCCAAAUGCCAAAGCUUGUGUUGAAGCCGUCAAAUGGUUCAUCAAGAGCUUCUGGCAGUCCACGUAGGGAUAGCCAGAGAGAUCAGUCUCUAUCUUCAUUGGUGCAAUUGCCUACACGUGGACAGGCUUUGGAGGCUGCAAUUAGGUGGAGACCAUUGAAGCUUGUUUAUGAUCAUGACAUAAGACUUGCCCAGAUGCCAGUGAAUUGCAGUUUCAAAAUGUUAAGGGAGAUUGUGAGCAAGCGUUUUCCUUCGUCAAACUCAGUUUUAGUGAAGUAUAAAGAUAAUGAUGGAGACUUGGUAACUAUUACCUGUACAGGGGAACUGAGGCUGGCAGAAGCCUCUGCAGACAGUCUAAUGACAAAAGAGCCAGAAACUGAUAUAUCUGAAUCAUUUGGGAUGUUGAGAUUGAAUAUUGUUGAGGUAAGUCCAGAACAAGAGCCACCUUUGCUGGAAGAAGAGGAGGAUAAACCUCUUGAGAGUGAGGGAACUAAGGGAGAUGAAGUUGGGUCUUAUUCAUCUCUUGGUGAGUCUGUUCUGGAAGCUGCUGAUGCUCAGGUUGACAAAGCUGUGAUAGAAGCUCCCAAGGAGAAAUCAGGAGUUUCAGAAGAUCCUGAGAGCAAGGAAGUGGAGAUGGAUGAUUGGUUGUUUGAGUUUGCUCAACUGUUCCGCACCCAUGUUGGUAUUGACCCUGAUGCUCAUAUUGACUUGCAUGAGCUUGGCAUGGAGCUCUGCUCAGAGGCUCUUGAGGAGGCAGUUACUAGUGAAGAAGCUCAAAGCCUAUUUGACAAGUCUGCCUUAAAGUUCCAGGAGGUGGCUGCUUUGGCUUUCUUCAACUGGGGAAAUGUUCAUGUGUGUGCGGCAAGGAAACGAAACCCCUUAGAUGAGUCUGCUGCAAAGGAUGUUGUCGCAGCACAACUUCAAACAGCUUAUGACUGGGUUAAGGAAAAAUAUUCUUUGGCCAAAGAGAAGUAUGAGGAGGCACUCUCGAUUAAACCUGACUUCUAUGAGGGUCUGCUGGCAUUGGGCCAACAGCAGUUUGAAAUGGCUAAACUUCAUUGGUCUUUUGCACUUGCUAAGAAAAUAGAUCUUUCAGGGUGGGAUGCUGCUGAGACACUUCAACUUUUUGAUGGUGCAGAGGAAAAGAUGACAGCUGCAACUGAGAUGUGGGAGAAGUUAGAGGAGCAGAGAGCUCUUGAGCCAAAAGAUCCAAAUGCAAGCAAGAAGGAUGAAAGGAGGAAGAAACAAGUAAGUGGUCCUGAUGGAGAGCCCUCGGGAAGUGGUCAGAAUGAGCUCUCAGCUGAAGAAGCAGCAGAACAAGCAGCUGUUAUGAGAUCACAGAUACACCUUUUCUGGGGUAACAUGCUCUUUGAGCGAUCCCAAGUUGAAUGCAAAUUAGGGAUGGAUGGUUGGAAGAAAAAUCUUGAUGCCGCUGUUGACCACUUUAAACUCACUGGAGCUUCAGAGACUGACAUUUCCAUGGUUCUGAAGAAUCAUUGCUCCAAUGGAGAUGCAAUAGAAGGAGAAGGAAAGAAGAAUCAGAAUGUAAGUUCUGGUGUUACCAAUGAAGCUGAGAACAAAAAUGUGACCAAGCAAGUAUCACAGGUUUGAUGUUCCCUUUAUUUCCUGUCCAUGGGGGCUUCACUGGAUGUUAACGUGCAUUAAGAAAAUAUUAGCAUGUACUCAGAAAAGAAAUUGCAUUUUGACUCAACUACGGAUUGAUUGCUUUUAGGAAUUGGAAAAUUUUCAGUGCAGAUAUUAAGAAAUGUGUAAUCAAAAGAUUUUGGAUUUAGGGUCUCCAGGAUAGUUUUCAAGGCGACAGUUCUCGAAAUUGUUUGCAGUCCUGAUGAGUUACACAGUUUUGUGUACAUUAGGUUCUGAUUUUUGGCUUUGCUGCCCCAUCUUUAUUUUCAUGAGAUUUAUAAUUGUCAUGCUUUAACCUGUUUUAAAGGGUAUGGCAUAUUCAUUGUUAUUUGUUUCCUUUAAACCUAUUUUAUAUUGCCAAACUUCUGGCUUUUACA